AAAUUGCUAUGGCAACUGGUUGCUAUGGGUGACGAGACACCACUACAUCCUCAUCUUGAGGGGAGAAGAGGGAGUUGGACAACAAAAGCCAGGGAUGGAAGGGCAGCUGUGAAGACUCUGUUUUGAUUGCCAGAUGACUGAGACAAACGAGGGCAAAAGUUGAACUGACGUUUGCCACUGGCUUGUGGCCAUCGUGGGCAUGGAACUGAACACGACACAGCUUUAGUGUCCACCAGCCACCCUUUCACGGUUUCUUUCGCUCUCUCUCUCUCUCUCUCUUCCGCUCUCUUUCGCUUCUAGUUGUUGCAGCACAACAGCUCAGUCACCCGAGCAGCCCCUGAGAUGGCCGUGCUUCCCUGGCCCCCGGCGUGAUUGAUCUGGGAAGGCGCAGACACGGCUCACCCCAAAAUGGCCGAGAGCCUCCACAGCAGCAGCAGCAGCACGCUGUCGGCGUCGGGGGGCACCCAGCACAUGUCCACCUUCCUGACGCUGGAGCAGAGGGCGGCCUUUGUCUUCGUCCUGCUCCUCUUCAUCUUCCUCGGGCUGCUGAUCGUGCGCUGCUUUCGCAUCCUGCUGGACCCCUACAGCAGCAUGCCGUCCUCGACAUGGACGGACUACAUGGAGAAGGACACCUUAGACUACCGCAUCGCCUGACCCCCGACCUCAGGUGGUCAACACUGGGGACCCGUGGCCCCAGACACGCAAGAUAUGUCUCCGUCGUCCCGGACAUCUCUACCCCUAAAGCAAACCUCAAUUAAGAGUAAGGCACAAAAGCCAACUGUUCUUAAGUCAUAUAUGUCACAAAAAAAAGAAGUAUGUUUACAUCACAGUGGGGACAAUGCAAGCAUGGACAGACUCGGUGUCCCCCACUGCAUCACAUACAACCCGACCACUCAAAAACACCUCAGUGACAGAAUUAUGAAUACAUUUCUUUGUCUGUCUUUUUUCUGUAUAUCUUUGAUAUGAGCUAAACUGAUGUCAUUAGUGACCUCCUUUGAUAAGGAAUUGGAGGUAAAAGAUUUGCGAACAUCGGUCGUACCUUUGGUUUGAUUACUCAUCCCAGUGCUGCUUUGUAUCUUCUGGAGAUGAUAAACAAACUACAGCUGUUGUCCUUUAAACUCUUCCUCACUCACUCCUUUAAUAUUUUGAUAUUGUACUCUUGUACAAGCUGUGGUCAGGGUGUGUCGAGCUGUUUUUGGUUUCUGCUUAGUUGAUGUAAUGCCAUGUUGCACAGGGGUGAACACACUGCAUAAUUACGCUUCAGUGAGAAAAUAUGGUAAACACUACAUCUGAGGGGGAAAAUUAUUCAGUAUUUUAAUGAACACUUUGAAUAUCAUUUGGCCAUGUGAAAGUGUUUGCAUUUGGUUGAUAGCUUCACUAUCAGUGAUAACAUUCGUGUCAAGGAUGGAAAUGAAGUCGACAUUAGUGAAUCCUGUUCAGCUUCAGUUAAACACUUGAUGACUUUUCAACAUUCUGUGCCUACUUAAUGUGAACUUGGCUGGUGGAUCUGGAACUAACUGAUCUUGUUUUUUAAAUGAAUUAAUGGUUGAAUUUUUUGGCGGCUGUUCUUUGGAAUAUGUAAAACUUGUGCCUUUCAACUGUUUACAGAGUUCUCUAUAACAGGUGGCUUGCAUAACUGCGUAACUGUUCUCUGGCAAAGUAUUUGUACAACCCACUUUAUCAUGCAUCAGUCACACAAUAUGCUGGUGUUUUUGUGUAGUGCUUCUUGGAGACAGAUGUAAGUUUAGCUGAUUUAGCAGAUAUUUUAAGGCAACAGUGAGAUUUCUCGAUGUAAUAAACAAUGAAAGCAUCUGACAAAAAAAAAAA